AGAUGGGAUUGAGGGAUGUAGAGGCCACACUCCCCCCAGGAUUUAGGUUCUAUCCAAGUGAUGAGGAAUUGGUUUGCCACUAUCUACGUAAAAAAGUUGCUAACGAGAGAAGCUCACACGGGACUAUGGUGGUGGUGGACUUGCACACGUGUGAGCCUUGGCAGCUACCUGAUGUAGCUAAACUCGGUGGGAAUGAAUGGUACUUCUUCAGCUUUAGGGACCGGAAAUACGCCACCGGCGUGCGUGCGAAUCGAGCCACGACGUCCGGAUACUGGAAAGCCACCGGAAAAGAUAGGCCGGUGAUCGAUCCGACCACACGGGAGGUCGCCGGCAUGCGAAAGACUCUGGUUUUCUACCGUGAAAGAGCUCCAAACGGGAUAAAGACGGAUUGGGUCAUGCACGAAUUCCGGCUAGAAAGCCCCCACGCACCUCCUAAGGAGGAUUGGGUGUUAUGUAGAGUAUUACACAAAAGCAAAGGAGAGCCGUCCAAAUUCAGCCUUGAAAAUGAACAUGACAACAUUGGGUGCUCCUCUCCAUACAUGGAGUCAUCUCCUCCGUCCAUUGGCCAAAGCAUAUUACACGGGUAUGAUCAAGAUCAAAACAGGUUAUUCAUCAAUGGCCCACAUUAUGAUCAAGAUCAAAGUACACUACUAAAUUCAAGUGUUCUGCCCUUCAAUUUCCUCGACUUCCCUCAUGGAGUGGAUGAUACUCAACCAAUCAUGGGAACGAGUGACAGAGUUGUAGAUGAUUAUGGAUUUCUAUUGGAUAUGGGUCCAAUCUAUCAAAACUUGGGGGUUGGUGGGUCCCAAAAUUCAGAAGAGGAGGGGUUUGAGAAUGUUAAAAAUAAGGGCCUCCUUUAGAAAGUGCAUUUGCUUCACACGCUAAAACAACGCACACAUGUGUGAGAUCCCAGCCGUGCAUUAUUCAGUCAGUGUCAAUUCCAUAUCUCCAAAAAUCAGGCCUACUUGAUCAUUAGGUGGACUGAGCGUGAGCAGUUCAAAGAUAAUGUGACCGUGUGGCCCCACCUGAUGAUCACGUAUGCCUUAUAUAUGAGAAACCACAUGUCCCCUGUAAGGAUCGCCUGACCAAAGGCUCAGAUCUUGCACACGUGUGCUUGUGUCUGCAUGUAAGAUCAUGAAAUUCUAUUCUUUUGUAGAUUUGGAUUGUAGAGGUGAGAAGUCACGGUGGUGUACAAUAUCUCAAAGGUUGGUGGUUAAAUUAAUACAAGAUUUUAAAUGUUCGAA